GCCAUUGAAGACCCUGCAUCAAAAAUGCAAGCUCAGUCACCAGUGGUCAUUGUGACUCAGCCUGGAUGUGGUCCCGUGGCCCAAACCUCCAACUGGCAGACAGGCAUGUGUGAUUGCUUCAGCGACUGUGGAGUCUGUCUCUGUGGCACAUUUUGUUUCAUGUGCCUUGCAUGUCAAGUUGCAGCUGACAUGAAUGAAUGCUGUCUGUGUGGGACAUCCGUCGCAAUGAGGACCCUCUACCGGACCCGAUAUGGCAUCCCUGGCUCCAUUUGUGAUGACUAUAUGGUGACGCUUUGCUGUCCUCACUGUUCUCUUUGCCAAAUCAAGAGAGACAUCAACAGAAGGAGAGCCAUGCGUACUUUCUAAAAAAACUAAUGGUGAAAAGCUCUUAUUGAAGCAACUGAAGUUAGCAGACACCCUUCAGCUUGAGUCCUCCUCUGCGUUUUGCAACUGAAAUAUGAUAGAUCUGUUUAAGCACAAUCGAUGGGGUAAAAAAAAUGGAAUUUUGAUGUAUUUUAAAUGAAUGUUUUCCCUUAGUUUUGCUAAAUGGUCCAGCUUAGUUUCUCCUUGCUUUCAUAUUAUUAAAUUUUCUGGCUUAUGAAUUUUGUGUUACACUUGGCAUGUGAACAAAAUAAAAGAUUUUACUAACAAGAUUU